AUGUUCCUUCAUUCCCUGUUCCCUCAUUCCCUGUCCCCCCAUUCCCACCUCCCCCAUUCCCUGCUCCCCCAUUCCCCACUCCCCCAUUUCCCGCUCCCCCAUUCCCUGCUCCCCCAUUCCCUGCUCCCCCAUUCCCUGCUCCCCCAUUCCCGCUCUCCAUGCCCUGCUUCCCCAUUCCCUGCUCCCCCAUUCCCACCCCCCCCAUUCCCUGAUCCCCCAUUCCCCGCUCCCCCACUCCCUGUUCCCCUAUUCCCUGUCCCCCGGUUCCCUGUCCCCCCAUUCCCCAUUCCCCCAUUCCCUGCUCCCCCAUUCCCUGCUCCCCCAUUCCAUGUUCCCUCAUUCCCUGUUCUCCCAUUCCCACUUCCCCCAUUCCCUGUUCCCCCAUUCCCUGCUCCCCCAUUCCCUGCUCCCCCAUUCCCUGCUCCUCCAUUCCCUUCUCCCCUGUUCCCUGCUCCCCCAUUCCCUGUCCCCUCAUCCCCUGCUCCCCCAUUCCCCCCUCCCCCAUUCCCUGAUCCCCCAUUCCCCGCUCCCCCAUUUGCUGUUCCCCGACUGCCUGUCCCCCGAUUCCCUGUCCCCCCAUUCCCGGUUCCCCCAUUCCCUAUUCCCCCAUUCCCCGCUCCCCCCUUCCCUGCUCCCCCCUUCACUGUCCCCUCAUUUCCUUCUCCCCCGUUCCCACCUCCCCCAUUCCCUGUUCCCCAUUUCCCGCUCCCCCAUUCCCUGUUCCCCGAUUCCCUGUCCCCCCAUUCCCCGUUCUCCCAUUCCCUAUUCCCCCAUUCCCUGCUCCCCCAUUCCAUGUUCCCUCAUUCCCUGUUCCCCCAUUCCCUGUUCCCCCAUUCCCCGCUCACCCAUUCCCUGUUCCCCCAUUCCCCGCUCCCCCAUUCCCUGUUCCCCGAUUCCCUGUUCCCCCAUUCCCCGUUCCCCCAUUCCCUGCUCCCCCAUUCCCUGCUCCCCCAUUCCAUGUUCCCUCAUUCCCUGUUCCCUCAUUCCCUGUUCCCCCAUUCCCACCUCCCCCAUUCCCUGAUCCCCCAUUCCCCGCUCCCCCACUACCUGUUCCCCGAUUCCCUGUCCCCCGAUUCCCUGUCCCCCCAUUCCCUGUUCCCCCAUUCCCUAUUCCCCCAUUCCCUGCCCCCUCAUUCCAUGUUCCCUCGUUCCCUGUUCCCCCAUUCCCCACUCACCCAUUCCCUGUUCCCCCAUUCCCCGUUCCCCCAUUCCCUGCUCCCCCAUUCCCUGCUCCUCCAUUCUCUGCUCCCCCAAUCCCUGUUCCCCAAUUCCCUGUUCUCCCAUUUCCUACUCCCCCCUUCACUGUCCCCUCAUUCCCUGCUCCCCCGUUCCCACCUCCCCCAUUCCCUGUUCCCCCUUUCCCGCUCCCCCAUUCCCCGCUCCCCCUUUCCCGCUCCCCCUUUCCCUCUCCCCUAUUCCCUGUUCCACGGUUCCCUGUCCCCCAAAUCCCUGUCCCCCCAUUCCCAGUUCCCCCAUUCCCUGAUCCCUCAUUCCAGGUACGCCGUAGAAUGUCACCUUUUAUCCAGCGUUUAG